GAAGAAGAGGGAAGGACAACUCUGCGGAAGUGGGAGCGGGUACCUGUCAAAUUCAGGUACCCGCUCCCCCUCCCUCCCCAAAGGUCAGCAGUCUCUGGUCAUAACCUGCACUGUCUACAGUCUCUGAAGACAACGGGGCCAUUUACAAAGCUCAGCGCUUCUCGCGCAUGUGCAGUGGGCACCCGGCUGUGAAGCCGCAAGCUGUCACAGCCAGGUGCCCUCACUAAAGAUGCUUGCGCUGGGGAGAGAAGAUGGCCGGUGAAACCAGCCAUGGCGAGGACACCGCUGG